AUGACGCCCCUGUGUGGAGCCUACGCUCUAGUUGGGCUUAAGGUUACUGAUUCUACCCGUAAGCAGAUGGAAAAACUUGAGGACAACUACGUCCUACUAUCGUCAAUAAAUUACAGCAAUACAUUUAUCUAUGUUCACACCAUGGACGCAGUCAGUAUAGAGAUCCCACUUGCAAUAAGAGGUCAUCGAUGUCUUCAUUACAGCUACGUUGUAUUUGGUCCUAAGGCCACGCUAGUCGUUGCAUACAUAACUAACUAUCUACAGCCUUAUUAUCUUUGGGAAUUUUUAAACGUACAUGAUAAGAGUUCUGUGAUCAGGUUCAGAAGAGCAUCUGCGACUCUUCCCCUUGGAACCAACUUUAAGGUGGUUUUUCGAGCCUACUUUUAUAUUUGGCCUCGAGCUACUUCUUUUGUCCUCCUUGACAACAUAUCCAUUACAGAAGGAAUUUGUAAAACAUGCAGUCCUGAUGAAUUCAGAUGCAGCGCUGACCGGGAUGAAUGUAUUCCACUAUUUAAAGUUUGUGAUCUUGUAUCUGAUUGUCUGAAUGAAGAGGAUGAGACGCUUUGUCGGAAUAUCAGUAGAUCCCUUUGCAGUCAAGACCAGGUCUUGAGUUCUCAGAAUUUAUCCAGACGACAUGAGGAAGAUCAGACACAAUAUGCCCCUGCCACAAAUAUUUGCCGUGACUGGGAUCAAUGCCCCAUGAAUUCCUCGAGCACUUGUUUUCUACAUUGUCUUUUUAACUGUUCCUGUGUUGGUUUGUCUCAAAGAACAUAUAGAGAUAAUGUCUAUCCAAAAAAGAAUAACUUUACAUUUGAAUCCCAUGUUCUGACUGGUUUAUUGAACAAAACGGACUCUAAAAUAGAAGAAGGAAAGGGUGUCCGUCUAAAAAUGGUGGAAACAAGGGGAUUUCAUCACAUGCUUGAGAAACUUCGCUUUACUGUGGUUGAUUUUAGUAGUAGUUUUUUAACUGAUCAGCCAGAUACAUACUAUGAAACAUAUACGCUUAAUUUAAGCCACAAUCGUUUAACCACAUGGCAUAUAGUGUCUUUGAUACAAGUUUUACAUCUUCAGCAUAAUUUGAUAGUUUCGAUCAAUUACACCAUUGACCUUGGCAUAUCAGAGGCCCGGCUUCAUUAUCUUGAUUUAUCGUAUAAUAAGAUUGAAAGAAUAGCCAAUAAUGAAUUAGCUGUCUUAAACAACCUCAUGUAUCUUAAACUUCAACACAACGUCAUAAGUUACAUUCAUCCAAGAGCAUUUUUAAAAUUAUCUGAACUGAUAUAUUUAGAUUUAUCAAAUAAUCAACUCCGUGAUUUGGAACGCAGUCAUUUUAUUCAUCUCUUAAAUCUUCGCUAUCUUUAUCUUCAAAACAAUAACCUGAGGGUAAUGGAAGGAAUGUUUGAUGGCCUCAUGAAUAUUCAGUAUCUGCAAGUUGAUUCGUACACACUUUGCUGUGCACAACCAAAGGCUGUCAGUAAAAUCCAGUGUUUGGCACCCGUAAACGAAAUAUCCUCCUGCAACGAUUUAAUAGACAUCCCUCUUCUCAGUAUAGCAAUAUGGUACAUGGCCCUUUUGGCUGUCUGUGGAAAUUUGUUUGGUACAUGCCAUAAACUGCUUUUGCUGAAUAAGAAAUCAAGUUUAUGUAAACCAUUCGAUAUUCUUUCUAUCAAUCUUGGUUUCGCAGACUUUCUAAUGGGUGUUUAUCUUUACAUCAUAGCAGGAGCUAAUUUAAAAUUCAGCGAUCGCUAUGGUUUUGAGGAUUUUUUGUGGAGAAAUAGUCCUUUAUGUACUUUUGCCGGUAUCCUAGCUACUCUAUCUAGUGAAGCAUCCGCUCUUUUUGUACUUUUUAUCACCAUUGACAGAAUUUUGGCCAUUCCAUUUCCAUUUUCAUUGCUGAAUAAGAAAAUCAAGAUUGCAAAGAUCAUUUCCAUGUUAGUGUGGAUGAUUUCUUUCUUGUUGUCAUUACUGCCCUUAUUUGGGAUUGAGUACUUUAAGGAUUAUUACUCCGGUUCUGGAGUGUGUAUCUCUUUACCUUUAUCAGUUCUCCGGAAACCUGGAUGGGAAUAUUCUAUGGUACUCUUUGUGGGGGCAAACUUUGCCAUCUUUAUAAUUGUUCUCCUUGGGCAAAUGCUCAUAUUUAUGGAUGUUGUUCGAUUUGAGAAGAAAGGGAAUCGACAAUCGUUUUCCCCAAAACGAACAGAAAUAAAUAUAGCCAAAUCCCUAAUGGCGGUUGCAGUUACAGAUGUGCUUUGUUGGGUUACCAUCGGAACUAUAGGGUUUCUGACAUUUAUGGGAAUUGACGUCACCAAUAAGGUGUACGCCUGGGUCAUUGUUGUUAUUCUCCCAAUAAAUUCGGCACUGAAUCCUCUGAUCUACCUGUUUUCUGUGAUGAUGAAUCGUGGUGAAGAACAGAGAUGUGGUUCUUAA